AUGGCUCCAGGAAUGGGGAAGAGUGUUUUUCUGGGGAAUAUUCCUUACAAAGAGCAAGUAAAAGAUAUCCUCAGCACAGCCGGCACAGUGACCAAAUUCCGACUCAUGAUGAACCCAGAGACUGGUAAACCCAAAGGUUACGGAUUCGCCGACUUUGCCGAUGCCGAUGCAGCUGCUUCUGCAGUACGCAAUCUGAACGACUACGAAAUAAUGGGACGAAAAAUAAGAGUAGAUUGGCCGCACAACAACGAAAAAGAUUCGAUACCAGAGGAUUAUUCGGAUCCCUACCAACCACAACCUCAAGCGCAACAGCCACCUCAACAACAGAAUCCAAGCUCUCUUCCUCCGCUCCCUCCUGGUGUAGAGAUCCCUCCACACCUAGACUGCCCCAAUGCCAUCUCUCAGACACUAUCCCAGCUUCCACCGAAUCAGCUCCUCGAUGUCCUCUCUCAGAUGAAGUCACUAGCCGUGGCAGACCCCGGACGAGCAACGGAAUUACUCCGGACAGCGCCUCAACUCGCGUACGCAAUAUUCCAAGCUUUGCUCCUUAUGAAUCUAGUCGAUUAUAGCACCCUGGGAUCAGUGGUGGAACAAGCCUCUCAAGCAGCACCAGCUCCUGCAGCCGCGUCAGCCCUAUAUCAACCAUACAGUACUGUUCCCGCACAGGUUUCGACACCUCCUGUUCAGAGCUCCCCAUUUGCGCCUCCGCCCCCCGCUGCUGCACCUCAACAAAUACCCGGUCAAGAAGAGCUGUUGCAGCAAGUACUGAGUAUGCCGCAGUCACAGAUUGAUGCUUUGCCGCCGCUGGAGAGAAGUCAAAUUAUGAUGUUGCGGCAACAGUUGAUGCAGGGUGGUAUGCGAUGA